CACACCUGACUACACCUGGAGUCCCCUGCUGUUCUGUGAGCAUGGCAUCGGUGUCGUUCAGCUCUCGCCUCAACAAGGCCGUACGGCAACAGUACAUGAACCUGCCUCAGGGGGGGAAAUGUCAGGUCACCUACAUCUGGAUCGAUGGUACUGGAGAAGGUCUACGUAAUAAGACCAGAACCCUGGACUCUGAGCCAACAAGUGUAGAAGAUGUUCCUGAGUGGAAUUUCGAUGGCUCGAGCACAUACCAGGCUGAAGGCUCCAACAGCGACAUGUACCUCAUCCCUGUCUGCAUGUUCAGGGACCCAUUCACCCUCGACCCCAACAAACUGGUCCUCUGUGAGGUCCUCAAAUACAACCGCUUACCUGCAGAAACAAACCACAGAGCAGCCUGUAAAAAAGUGAUGGAGCAGGUUAAAGAGCACUGCAUCUGGUAUGGCAUGGAGCAGGAGUACACGCUGCUAGGAAUAGAUGGACAUCCUUUUAGCUGGCCGCCAAAUGGAUUCCCGGGACCCCAAGGACCUUACUACUGUGGAGUUGGUGCAGACAAUGCCUAUGGGCGAGACAUUGUAGAAUGUCACUACAAGGCCUGCCUCUAUGCAGGAGUCAAAAUUUGUGGCACCAACGCUGAGGUCAUGCCGUCCCAGUGGGAGUUCCAGGUGGGACCCUGUGAAGGCAUUGAUAUGGGUGACCAUCUGUGGGUGGCACGUUUUCUGCUGCACCGUGUUUGUGAAGAUUUUGGAGUUGUUGCAACACUGGACCCCAAACCGAUGAAGGGCGACUGGAAUGGUGCUGGUUGUCACACAAAUGUCAGCACCAAGCAGAUGAGAGAGGAAGAAGGACUGCAGUUCAUUGAGCAGGCCAUUGAGAAGCUGAGCAAAAAACACGCUGAGCACAUCCGAGUGUACGACCCACGUGGAGGUCAGGACAACGUGAGGCGUCUCACUGGUCUCCACGAAACCUCCAGCAUUGAAGACUUCUCUGCAGGAGUGGCCAACAGAGGUGCCAGCAUCCGCAUCCCUCGCCAGGUGGGCCAAGAGAAGAAGGGAUACUUUGAGGACCGCCGCCCUGCUGCAAACUGUGACCCAUAUUCUGUGACCCGGGCCAUCGCCAGCACCUGCCUGCUCGAUGAAGAAGACUGAGAAGGCCUGACAGCAAGGCUUGAAGAAGGAGAUUUAUAACAUUUUUAGAACAGGCCAGUGUAGAGAAUACAUCAGCCUCAGAGUGAAUCGGGUCCAAAGACUUGAAAUCUAUGGUGGAUAUAAAAUUGAAGCCGGGCAGACUUAAAUGUUUAUUAUUAUUCUAUAUCUAACUUAUAUGUUCAUGUAGCCAUUUAAUACACAUGCUUCUCCAGUUGUCCUGAAAAAAGUAAGAUAGUGAUGGUUUAUUUUGUACGGUGAGUCAAAAUUAAAUUUGUUUUUUGCUGAUCCUACUUAAUAAAAAUAUGAUUUGGUGGUGGAAAAA